UUGUUGGCAAGACAGGUAGGGUUUGAUCUAAUUUUUCUCUCCGUUUGUGGGAUAUAAAAUCAUUUGCAGCCGGCAAAAAUUAGCCAUUUGCAAAAAGACAUCAGCUCUUGCCCAAUAAAAAUAGAAAGAAAGUACCUAACAUGAUGGAAAAGGUGUGCAUUGCAGUGUUUCUGGCUGUUGCUGCAAGUACUGCAGCAGCAUUUCCAGUAGCGCGUCAGCUUUACGGUGAGCAUGGCCCAGUCGAAUAUCACUUCAAAUAUUCUGUACAUGAUGAUCGGAGUGGAGACAUAAAGCAUCAGCAAGAAGAACGGCACGGAGAUAAAGUUACUGGACAGUAUAGUCUUAACGAUGCGGAUGGAUAUCGACGUGUUGUGGAUUAUACCUCAGACAAGGAUACCGGAUUUGUGGCUAACGUACGUCGUGAGCUAAUAAAAGGAUUCCAUCAAACUACUUCGUCUACAAAAGCUGCUGUAGUUCCUGUAGUAGAGCUAUUGAAAUCAUUACCUUUGGUUCCAAUAAACCCUCAUAUUGAAUCUUUCCAUCCUGUCGAACAGGCACAUUAUGUGAAGGUUCAUAAAGUUACCCCCAAGUUGAGCGAGCCGAUAGUUUAUACAUCUAAAAACCGUAACACUGUGCAUUCUCAUACCAGUUUCAAAAGUGGAAAUAUCAGCUAUCAAUAUUAAAAAAUGUAAAAUCUGUAAAGAAUAAUAAACAUUAUUAUCGUGUAUGUUGUAAA